AUGGAGAACCCCAAACUGGCGGUUGCCGCCAAAGAGCCUCGAGAUUCGGUACUGCUCCACCUGGAGGAGGCCGAUAGUCCUACUCAUGCUACGAGACGUACGGAGCAAAACCUGAAUUUGACCAAUGCACUGGAUUUCGCAGUAAUCUUGGAGGCCGCGGAUCCUUCUCGCAGCAGCCUGGUCCGCCUCGUCCAAAGCCACCAACUAAUUCCACAUUCUGUGGUGCAAACCCGCCUGCCCCUGGAAUGCGCCGAGUUAUGGCAACGGCGACCACUACGCGUUCGAUUCCUACGGAGAAACCCAGACGCAAUCCGGCAACCGUUCCUACAACGCUCAGUCAAGCGCAGUCGCCAAACCUGCCCCCCACCAGCAGCCGGAACCCAACAGCCUCUUCAGCCAACUGGCUCAUUUGGAGGUGGUGCUUUUGGACUCCCUCAAGGUAGCCGACCCUCACGUUUCAGCUUACAGACAGAUGACGCAGUGAUUAGUGGACCCAACAUCACCGCUUUAUACCCGCCCACUGGUGGAGGCAGUCAGGGCGGCUCUCCAUACUACGGCAACAUUAAAGUCUCAUCAGUCUCUUCGGCAACUGGUGGCGCAUGUAAGGGCACGAGCGGCGUGGGUGCACUAACACGCGAACGCACGCGGUUCGACCAGGGCCCACCCUCAUCGGCCUCAGCCGCUCCUACGAGAUCUAAUUGACAGGACUAGUUAUUGGCUGGUCAAUCAUAGCAGUCUUACAAUUACGGCUACGGUCAGCAAAGCCAAUAUUCAGACUGUUCUGAUUGCUCGGGUUCCUACGGGUCCUACGUGCCUAUGGGUCAUACGCAGGCAACACACGCGGAUCUCAGCAGCCAUCCAGUGAAAGUAGCCCCGUAAUAAUCACGGCACCGCUUCUGUAAGCAUCAGCAGUGGAGGCUGUCGGCAAAAUAGCCGAUACCGAGCGAUUCUAGCUAAGCGAAUGCCUCCUCAGCCUAUAAUUCAUACUGAGGUUCAUAUGGCACAACCGCGGCUGCACGUAAUGUCGAUAUUAGGGCUCCAGGAGCAAGUGCAGCAACAGCGACUGGCGGUCAGACGACAACCCCUAGAGGUGCGGUGGCGGCCGAGGGUUAUGCUGCAAGUUUCUACGCUGCACAGAAGUUCAAUGCGUAGCAGUACAAUCAGACCCCAUCCCCUGCUGAAGCAUCGGCUGGAGCUUCCCCGUCCGCCUCACCAUUGUAGGGACGGAUUCAUUGUCGACCGCGGUGCCUCUGGCGACAAAUCCACAGUCUUACCAAACUUAUAACUACCUCUACUCCAACUAUGGUUACGGAGGGUCCGGCGUUUCUGGAAAAACCGGUUCUACCAAAUCAGCUAGUCCAUACUAUUCUGGCUAGCAGUAAUAUCACUCUUUUCAGUGUUACACUACAUCACUCAUUUCCAUAGCAUUCUGUACAACUCGGCUCUUUCUUGUCAUCGGAUUUAACACUGCCGCAUCAUUCGACCAUGUGCAUUCCAUCGCAGAGGUUGAGUUGAAGCCGUUAUUCACAUUCUGUAAUUGCUGUUAUAAGUAAUAGUAAGGACAGACUACGAAGUUGCGUAAGAACGCUAUGUCAGCGUUUUCAGACGCACUGCAUUGAACCGGAAGACAAGAUUGUCGAAUCUCAAUAUAUUCGACGGGUUUUCAGAAAAAAUGGUUACCCGCGCAACUUCGUCAACUGGUGCAUGUGCAAACGGGACGAGCGACAAAAUCGCGCCGACUCCAAAUUCUGGCGAGCGAUCCCAUACAUCAAGAACGUCUCCGAAGCCGUUAUUCGCCUUCUCGCACCACUUGGGGUUGAAGUUCCAUACAGACCGACGGCAGCCACUAGGCGUCAGGUGAUGAGACCAAAAGACCCACUAUCACGCCAAGAAACAUCUGGAGCCGUUUAUCGAAUCUGGUGCAGUUGCGGACAAAGCAACUACGUCGGAGAAACUGGAGAAUUGCUUUGGACGCGAAUCGCUGAACACGUGGCGGCGGUGCGGAGAAAUGACGCCAACUCUCAGGUCGCGGCCCAUUCGACGAGACCCGGCCACACAUUUGAGUUUGAUGAGGCCGAAAUUAUCGCAAAAGGGGAUAAUCGCGUGAGCCGAGAGUUGCUUGUGUUAUGAUUCACGGGACCUCAGUUUAUCAAUAAGUGCAACGACAUUCCCACUCCAUAAUUCGCGCUGAGGUAUAGGUUAGCCAAAGCAAUUGACCUCUCGGGGAGCGCGCAAGCCGGUGGGCCAGAUGACCGAACAGUCAUCAAGCCGACAUCCAAUACGGGUGAUGAAAUUUCGGCAAUUAAUAAAUUGCAUGCCGGCCAUCAAGCAAUUAGCGGGCAAAAAUUCCUGAGGAAGGGGAGCGCGGUUAAUUGCUAUAGGUAUACGGUAGCAGAGCGACUGCAUUCUAUAAACACUGCAGCUUUCUGUGCACGAGUCACCCUUUUCUGUCACUGUGCGUUUUUCUUCUGGUGUAACGUCUGAUGCGACAGCUUCUGAUGAGGACACAACAUGCUUGGAUGAUUUACAAACUGAAAAAAUAAAACAACAUUCGAGUUGAAAUUGAAAGCAGGACUUCUUUGGGCCAACCAAGGUGGUAUACGACCAACAAACGAAUGCGACCGCGACAAUGCUCAUUUUCAAUUAAGCAUUACCUUUAAGAGAAAAAUGGUAAAUUUUCCAGCGCUGGAUUAAGCAAUUCAGGGGUUGUCUUAAUCGGUAAUUUUUAACGUCCGCCAAAGUCACGAACAGACUGCAUCUACUGGAAACCAACUUGGACCUCGGACGCCCUCACUCGUUGCACAUAACCAUUAAAUCAACGCAGUAGUUUUCUAGCGGCAAACCAUCGGUCGCUAGUUCCCUUUCAACUGCAUACUACAAGUAUGGCGGUCCUAAGGUGGUCCCUGUAGGAACUGGGACAAAGCACUCAAUAGUUAGAUGAUGUCACCAUCGAUCACAUACAAACGUAACAUAAACCACGAACUGUGCAGCAACCAUCGAGCCAUCAUAUUCCCCUCCCUUGUAUGCGGGAUUAUUGCCCGCGUCUUACCACUUUGGAAGGAGAAUUUCCCUUUGAAGAUCGUUGUGACUUUCGAAGAGACCGCGGCACCAUGGACAUUAUUUCCGCUGUUACCAGGGAAUUCCCGACAAAUGCUUACCAGACCCUACAACCACUUCGCGGACUUGACAAAAGUCCUCAACAUAGUAGACCACAAUGGAAUUUUGGAAAUAAUGCUGAAAUUUGGUUGUCGGAAACGCUUUAAAUGGAUGGUUCGACGACUUCACCUCGGAGUAAUGACUAGCGUCACAGUAAACGCAGCAGUUUCGAAAGUAUCUACGAUGACAAGUGAGAUGAAACAGAGUAAAGUUCCCCCUCGCUUUCUCUUCACUCGCACGUUCCUCACUAUGUCGAUGGAAAUUUACUGUGAAGGAUGAUCAGGGACAAACACUGCACAUUAAAAUAGGGGAAAGACGUUCAGUAUCUCACGCAUAUAGGGAUCGAGACACGUCUCCCUAGCCGGUGUUUUUUGGCACUACGACUAAUAUCCGAAUACAGUCCUUUAUUGCUUGCUGUGCACUUUUCCGAUUUUUUGCUAUAUUUUCAUUGUUUGUAGAAAAUAGAGAGUUCACGAAUGCACACUUCUUUAUAUCAAAUAAGCUUAAAUUAACUGUGUAAUAACCUGCCACAGAUGACUUUUAUGUUUCAGUUUAUAGAGGCAUUAAUGUAUCGCUUUGACAGACGCAUUUUGUGGAGGCAUGCAGACUACUUAACCAUGUAAACUUCAAAACGUGCACUGCAUUUAUUGCAGGUACAUAUGCUUGUGUGAGACUAAGAGUGUUCCCCCUUAGCAUUGUAAUUUCCUGAUAUUCUGCUAACUCUUCGGAUUUGUGUGUGAUAAAUAACGAAUUCGAAGGUUUAAACAAAUUUAUCCAACAGAUGCUGAGCUAAAAUAGAUCCAGUCGCCAUCAAGGAAACCUUCCUCUGCGGUUUGAGCCCCUCGACGGCGGACAAGGACGACACAAUCUGUCUGAAGAGCGCUCUCGUGAAGACAGCUUAAAGGGCUAUGUGCACGUAUAUCCUCAACAGUUUAAGCUGUCCAACGAACCCGUCUUUCCUGACUUCUGAUUAGAUAAACUUUGUCUUUUCGACGAUACCAUCGUGACAGGCCAAUGCAACCGCCGAUGAAUUGUCGGUACUUUCCACGCACUGGUGCCAGCUCUGACUGUCGUAGCUAUUCAUAAUUUAAAAGCCCCAGCAGUCCUUUGGAUAAAGCUACUCUUGCAAUGAACGGGCACGCAAGAUGCUGUUUACAUGAAAUCACACAAAAUGGCAUUCUCUGGAGUCAAAAUUGCAUACAUCGGAUUUUCGUGGAAGGGCGCUCGCCGAUCGCUCACGGAACUCACUCGUCCAGUUGCGCUUUUGGGCACACUCGCACGCUAUGCUAGCAACCGCACAGCGCCGCGUGAAUAACGAAUUUUGUUCUGCAUUGAAUUUUGCUUUCCAUUAGCGGCACAAAAUCCAUUAGGGCGUUUGCCUCCAAAACCCUUGGAAGCCGUCAGCCGUAAGCUUUCGGACCGAGCAAUGUAAAUCUGUUGUUUCAUAAAUUGAAAAUUUAAUUUCUACUGGAUCAUGUGAUCAGACAUUAUGUGUAACGGAUGCACCGCAUUCGAAAUAAAAAGAAAAUGGUUAUAGGGACGGUGCCGAAAUUAUAGAUUAUAAUUCAGUAUAUAUGAGGGAUAGAAGCGGAACAUUGGAAGGCCCUAUUUACGGAUAGAUAUUUGAAAAAAACAUGCAGAUAUUUACAUAGCAGUUAUGCCUUUCAUUAAUAUCAUAUAAAUGUUUGACCAUCAAGCACAAAUUUAUUUAGUCUUCUUUUGAAGUUCCCAACCUUUUUCGCUAAGACAACAGAGUUCGGCAAUUUGUUCCAUCCCUCAACCAGCCCGUGGAAGAAGAAUUUGGCCCGCAAUUUCAGUGUGGCAUACUUUGUCUUAAAUUUGUAUUGGUGCUUUCGAAGAUUUAUCGUCCGCGUCAUUUCGAAUAAAUCGUUAAACUGAAGAGCACUGUCUAGCCCUUGGACAAUCAUUAAGGCCUUGAUCAUAUCCCCCCUCCGUUGCCUAUAAGAGAGGGAGUAUUUUUAGCUUUUCCAGGCGUCUCUCAUAAGUUAAGCUACUUAAUCCGCCGAUUAGCUUGGUCGCUCUUCGUUGUACGUUCUCCAGUAGGGUGUAAUCUCAUUUCGUCCAGGGACACCAUGCCUGAACACAAUAGUUCAACAUUAGUCGAACAUAUGCUCCAAAUACUCGGCCGAAAAGUUCUUCGUCAAAAUUGCAGAAGGAUCUUCUAAUCGCGCCUAGGAUACACAUAGCUUUGUUUGAUACCUUAGCGCAGUGAGACGAUGAUUUGAGAGUUGACGUCAUUCACACACCGAGGACCAUUAACUAGUUGACUGAUUCGAGUGGGUGACCUCCUAUAAAGUACUGAUUUUGACGGAGCGCUACGGAUAGGAUUUCCGGGUAGAUCGAUUGCUUUAGGAUGUGUACGAACGUUUUGUUCAACGCAUUACUGAGUUUCUGGCAUUUCUAGAAGAUGACUCGGUGGCUUCGCAACAUAACACCAAAUUUUGUCGAGAAGACUGGUUGGUGAUUCUAGGUUCGUAGACCAGCCAAAAUAUGAAUUGGUAGCUGGUAGAGUAGAUAAUAAUGAAGAAGUCAAAUUGAAUUGCUAUGGAUGGGACGGAACAAGCUCAAAGGGGUGUAAGACGACAAAGGAAAAAUGGAGGGAGGUACUUAAAUCUUAGCUCCAAACUUUGCUAGGCAUAAAUCACGUGGAAAAUGCAAAAUGGGUUGUGUGCUUCUGCGGGGAUGCCGUAAAAUAUGUUUUCAUGUGUUUCGUCUGUUUCCUCUGAUUGAUGGCAUGAGUGCUCCUCCGACAGAUAGACAACCAAUAGAAUAAAUGAGUUGUGCUUGUUUUGAAUAAGUGUGGGGUUGGACGGGUCUGGGCAAGCGCCUGCUUCUAGCGCUUUUGGUUCUUGCUUCAUUGUCUUUUGCCUAUGUUUCGUUGUUUUUGUCAUCACUGAAUUUUCAUCAUCUUUCUUUAGCAUUUUCACGCUUUUAGAGUUGUUCUUGAAGUGUACCUCACAUCACGACCAAUAAACGGUUACAGGUGCAGAUGACAUCAGACAAUGCCGGAGUUUUAGAAGCCCUGCUUCAUGUUUCGUCAGACGAGAGGUCGAUUCAUGGAAUUUCCGACGAAUUGAAUUUGUACUAUGACACGCUUGUCGGAGUUUUGCUCGAAACGACAAAGUCGGUCUCAGCAAACAAGCUUAGUAAGAAGUGCUCUGUUCUAAAUCAAUAGAAUCGGAUAAAUUGUUUAACUUAGCCCUCAAGUGUCUUAUCAACUUUUCCUCCGAUGGAUCUAGGGCGCAGAAGAUAUAUAGUACAUGUACUCCCCCGAGAAGACAGCAAUUGCUGUCCAGUAUGAUCGGGACAAUGUAUUCGGACACAGAUGCUGAGAUUAAAUUCCUUUGCACAUCCCUGCUUAUUAAUCUGACUCAGACAAAAGAGUGGAUGGAGGAACUUUGCGACUCGACUCUCUGCGAAGUCAUUUUUACCAAGACAGUCGGAGAGCCGAAACCUUCGCCUGCGGACCUGCAGGUAUACCUAAGUGACACUUUCCUUACAUUUAGUUAUUACUUAAUUUAACUUCAAGCCAUAACAUGCGUCGCCACAUCUGCGCAAACGCUAAAUCUCUUACAACCCUUCUAGAAAAUGAGGGCUGUGCGGAUGACCCAAGCAAGCGGACUUCGGUGAUCGGUAUAAUUAAGAACUGUUGCUUCGAAGACAGUAAGUGGGCACGUCAGUUAAAGUUUCGUGUUUAGAAUUCCAUCCUGAUCUGUGCUCUGCCGCCGAUGAUCUUUUUAGCAAACUUUUAUUGCGUCUUUGCGGUCCGGAAGAUAAACUAAGUUCGGAGGACAUCCAAAGUCUUUCGCCCGUUUUACGGCCUAUCUACGGAACUGAGAAGGCCUUUCGUGAGCCUGAUCCCAUUAUAAAGAAGACAAUGUGCGAAGCAUUAUUGCAGGUACAAGCCUCGUUAUGGUUUUCUAACCCGCUGUUUAGCUGCUCUGUGGCAAACACUAGCACGCAAGUUAACGCUAAUCAUUUUCGGCUUUUUUACUGCUUUCAGGCCUGUAUCGCCUCGCUAAGAAUUAUAUGCAAAAUUUUCCGAUUUGUUUGACAAUUCGUCCAGUGAGACAUUGCCGUAAUUUGUCCCUACUGUUAGAGAACCCUUUUACUCGCGUCAUGACAUCCGAUAUCGUUGACUAACACAUUUAGACUUGGUACGGUCAGUCUAGACGGCCGGUAGGCAAGUGAUUACAAUUUCUGUCCUACUGGCCUGAAUAGGAGCCAAGUGCCCAAUCUGACGAGGAUUUUUUUGCACGGUUGUAUGAACUGAUUAAUUGUGUUCAAAAAUCUCUGGGUUACCAGUGGAGCCCAGCACAAGCGCACUGCGCUCAUACUGUAUCUGAAAUAUGGUGAUAGUUGCUGACUCUUGUGUCGACUGUUCUUUUGGUCUGUCCUCGCUUAGGCAUUGCUUCGUGCGAGGCGAUCACUGGUGCAUCCAGAAAAAUAUGUACCUGCGUGGUAGUUGCCCAAAGACUACAAAUGGUUUGGCCCUCCUUAUUGAGAGCCAUCUACAGAUUAUGCGGACACUUAAACUUGAGGUACAAACACCUGCUGACCACCAACCGUUGAGACACGAAAACAUGGCGCCCGGCCGUCUUGCAAUAUUUAUUUUACCAGACGCUGUAAACUCCGAUAGCAGUUUUCCUUGCCGCUACUUCAUUUCAGCAACAAAACUUGCGAAAAUUCCUCACAUUACUGCCCAGGUAUUAGCUUUCGAAUUACGAAUUUUGAAUCAUAGUCUUGUUUGCAGUAGCAGAGGUAUCAUGUCUGGCCGGUGGGAACUCCGAUCCAAAUACUCUUUCCCUACUGGUGUUUAUAUAUUGCAGAUCCCAUUCUAUUUAUUCUGCCUUACGGCAGUCUCCGUGGAAAACGGGGCCUCGUCUGGCAGCCAGACGUUUUGGUCCAUGUCGCUUGCACGAGUUACGCGUAGAUUAACGUUCUUGUGAUAGUACGGAUAGAUGCUAUCUGAACAAAGCAAAACUCGAAAACAAAGAAAUUCCCUCAAUGCAGCGGUAAAACUGUCAACAGCGAAUUAUGACUGCUCAGGUUAAAAACCCCCUACGCCGUCAUUUAGAAAUACUUAAGGUAUGCCUUGCAAAUGGAAACUCUUGUCCUGUUUGAGAUGCCUCGACCGACCUAUGCACACGUAUCUGAUAGACUGGUAAGGGCUCUGUUACCAGCAUCAAUAUCCACUUGAGAGUACUAACCUCGUGGUAUUUGAAGCAGCCUGUUUCCUCCAACUAUCGAAAACUAGUAACAAGGUGUACCUUCAUCUCGCGAGGGUUUGCUGCUGGGAACGUCUUCUUCUCAAAGCCCUGGCGAUUUAACAGACUUAAGGAAUAUAUUUCGCUUACACCCAUCAGUCUGCUGCGUUGUUGACAACUUUGGCGCACUGCGUAGGCUUGAGGGAGAUGAUACUGUGAUGAUGGUGAUGGUACUGCUGCUGAUUAUGAUAGCGAUGUAACCUCAUUUUUAGCUGUGCUCUACUCCCGUUGGUCGGUCCCACCUCCGUUCCUUGGGAACCUACUUCGUCCUUCGGGAAUUACACAAUUUUGAAUGCAUGCGAGAGAAAAGGCUCCUGUCAGAAGUUGAGGAUGGAUUUGGCAGUAGCCGGGCUCUUCAGACUCAGCGCAACCUUAUCUUCAUCAUCGAGCAGGUUGUGGACCAACUAAUUUGCCUAGAGAACGAAAGACCGACCGAGUAUCGGUCCACGAGCCUACGCAAUAUUCCUGUCGAUGAGAAGAUUCAACGCAACCUGGAAGCAGCCAAAGGGGAAUUUGUCUCAGGCUGA